GCAGUCGCGCGGCUCUGUCAUUGGUCUGUUUCAUCAGAAAUUAUGAAGGGAACAUGAGGUGUCCUCUAACAUCGUACUACUGCUGUGCACUCAUAAGAGAUCAUCAGAAAAAGCGGAUUCAACCGAGGAACUCGGUUCACUCAAAAGUGCGCACCGGAAAGUUGUCAUCCAUCCACAUGCUCUUCUCCCCAAUGCACCAGCUGUGUUUGUGACACACCACCUGAGCAGGGAUGGUGGGAUAUGACCCCAACGCCCAAGGUUCGGCUCUUACCCCGGAGGAAGCUGCCUUGGCCGGGUCGGUGGCAGGCAUGGUCACCCGUGCCCUCAUCAGCCCUCUGGAUGUCAUCAAAAUCAGGUUUCAGUUGCAGAUCGAGCAGGUGUCCUGGAGGAAUCGGCAGGGGAAGUACUGGGGUUUAUGGCAGGCCACACGCUGCAUUCUGACUGAAGAAGGACUUCCUGCUUUCUGGAAAGGACACAUACCUGCCCAGCUGCUGUCUGUGUGUUAUGGGGCAGUUCAGUUUGCGAGUUUCGAGGCCUUAACAGAGCUGGUCCAUAAGAAAACCCCCUAUAACAGCCAGACCCCAGGAGUUCAUUUCAUUUGUGGCGGAUUGGCUGCCUGCUCUGCCACCGUUGCCUGCCAGCCGCUGGAUACCCUCCGCACACGCUUUGCUGCCCAGGGUGAACCCAAGGUAUAUCGUAACCUCAGACAUGCGGUCGGCACAAUGUUUCGCUCAGAAGGGCUCUUCACCUUCUACAGGGGCCUCACACCCACGGUUGUGGCGGUGUUUCCAUAUGCAGGCCUGCAGUUCUUCUUUUAUAAUAUCCUGAAGAAACUUCUGGCGCACAAGGACGCCAAAUCUAAAGGAGGUUUACACAGUCUCAUCAGUGGCAGUUGCGCUGGCGUCAUCAGUAAAACUCUCACGUAUCCUUUUGACCUGAUUAAAAAGAGACUUCAAGUGGGUGGAUUUGAAGAGGCCAGGAUGCAGUUUGGACAGGUGCGGACAUAUCAGGGGUUUGUAGACUGUUUGGUGAGGAUCGGCAGAGAGGAAAGUCUUCGGGGUUACUUUAAGGGACUCUCUCCAAGUCUCCUGAAGGCUGCUUUCUCCACAGGCUUCACCUUCUUCUGGUACGAGUUCUUCAUCAAUGCCAUUGUGAGCCUCAAGAGCAGUUAGUGAGCAAACAGACAGACCUACUUGAGAGAUGUUUUAGAUCAUCAGAUCCGAUGGAACUCGACAUGUGACCAGGAGCUGCUCUCAGAAUUACAGGCAGCUGUUUUAUCACACCACUAAGAUAUUUUUACCUCUGACUUGCUCUGCUAAAGCCUAAACCCAACAAUCAGCUGAAAUGUUCUCCGUUCACACGUAUUGGUGAGCUCUACCUCUUGUCUCUCUUGACUGAAGACUAGAAUUGUUACACUAAGAUUUUAAGUUUUGUAAUGUCUGUAUUUUGUUUGCACUCUGCAUGAGGGUCUAUUUUAUUGUUGUUGUUUUUUUGUUUGUUUGUUUUUAAACUUAACACUGGAAAUCAGAAUGUAUUAACUUAUAGUUUUUACUGUUUUGCAUUUAAAAACCAUAUACCCAGUAUGGUGCAUAAAUUGUCUGGUUUCUACAAAUAAUUUUAUUUCAUGUGUUUUAUGUCAUUAAGGUUUUCAGAUGGUGAAUGGUCAAAAUAUUUUAUGGAUGGAUUUAAAGAAAAAAUGCUUCCAUUCAGAUUUUAUGUACCAUAUAAGGAUUGUUUGGAACAGUUUGAAUAUCCAUGUUUCCUGUUACUCUGGCUUUAUUUGUGCCCAUAAAUCUUUUUAUUGCACUUCCUUUCUGACAACAGUAAGGUUCAUAUUAGUGGUUGUGCUUGACAUCUGUGUACUCACGUGUAAAACACAUAUUUAUCAUAUUAUACAAACAUUUAGGGCAAAUAAAUGGGUGACAUUGAAAAUAAAAAGCAACUAUUUUUUUAAUAAAAGUAUUUUAUUCUGGUUCUCUUUG